CUAAUCUUCUACGGUGGCUACUGUGGGACAAAAUUGCCAAAAAGCGUAAAUCAGUUCAGGGUAACGUAAAUAUUUUGAGUUAUCGCCGAUAGUUUGUGCGUGUUAACUGUUCGAUUCAAGUCUUUACUUUUACAUCCACAUUGUAACUAAAUACUUUCUUAUUAUUUUGUUUUGUUUGUGUUGCAACACUCAGUAAAGGAGCGCUAAAACCCGGUUGGUUCGAACCGUAGCGCAGAUGGUUCCUCUGUUGAACGACCGCUUUGUUAGCCGGUAGUUGUAUGCGGCCAGCAGCCGGAGGAGUUUAACCGAGUGUUUUUGUUUGCUAGGAGAGCUAGCCGCAUGCUAACUUCCUGCUGUGUGGAGAUGGAGGACAAUCUGCUGGAUCCUCAAGAACUGGACCGGGCCAAAAUCUUCUGGGCCAAGGAGGAUGUGGAUCAACGCUUCAUCGAUGUGUUCGGAUACCUGGAGCACCUGAAGUCGGUUUUAAGGAGCAGCACCGCCACAGACAAAGAGUACAUUCAGGGUCUGCGGCUCCUGGAGUUGCUGGACUGCUCCUCCUCCUCCGACCUUCAGGACCAGGACUCCUCUGUGGUUCAGGUGGUGAUCGGGUCAGGUGAGGUGCUGCCGGCGGACCUUCCGGAUCCCAGCCCCCCCUGUGCUACUUCAGAAGAGUCCAGCAGCAGUGCGGCCCCCCCUGCUGGCAGGGAGGAGUUACUGCCUCCUCUGGUUCCGGUGCAGCUGCAGUACCAGCCUCACCAGUGCAGCAAGGCGUGUCUGCCCCUAUUACCCAGAAUGCCUCAGCCGACGCUGCCGUUCUGGGGCCAGAACCCUCUCAAGGUGCCACUGCUCUGCGGCUUCAGGAGGCUGACGUCGCAGCUGGGAGGGGGCGUGUCCCCGAGCGGCGAGGAGGAGGACGAGGAGGAGGAGGAGAAGGAGAAGGAGGAGACAGCGGCUGAAACGGACGUCUUCUACAAGGCGCCGUGCGGUCAGAGUCUGCGCAGCUUUGAAGACGUGGCGGUCUUCCUGGUGGCGACGGAGAGCUACGACCUCCUGCAGGUCAACUUCUUCACCUUCAACCCCUCCGUCCAGUUGGACCCUCCCUCGGUGAUGGGCGCCCAGCCCCCGAACAAGGACCUGAGCCGGGGUCAGGAGCUCACGCCGGUGGAGCUGUGCCUCACGGACGGAGACUCCCAGCCCCCCGAGUUCCGCUACAGGAAGGACCGCUGGCCGCACGGCUGCUUCCUGAGCCGAGGCCCCACGCUGUUCCGCGCCUGCUGCGACUGCACGGACGGCUGCAGCGACGCCCAGAGCUGCGCCUGCGUCGCCAUGACCGCCUGGAGGCGGAGCUACAGCUACCUCCGUUUGCUGCGGCCCGUUGAGCCGGGGCUGUUUGAGUGCGGCCCGUGGUGCGACUGCGACCGCGCCCGCUGUCAGAACCGGCUGGUCCAAAGGGGCAUCAGGGUGCGGCUCCAGGUCUUCCAGACGGAGGACCGGGGCUGGGGCGUGCGCUGCCGGGACGACCUGGACCGUGGCACCUUUGUGUGCAUCUACGCAGGCGUGGUCCUGCAGAAGGUGCUGAGCUCCGAUGAGAUGCCCCCGCCGAAGCUGACGAGAGCCGACCUGCCAUCGGACGACGAGGUGGAGGUCGUGACGGAGUGGCGAGCCCCACCCGUCCUGGAGGAGCGCAGGAACGUGGACACGCCGCCGCCCUGCACCAACGUCCCCGUGAUCCAGACGCCGGCAGAGGCCACGCCCUUAGACCAGGUGCAGACGGUGGUGGUUGGAGGUCCAGACCUACUUUCCUCCUCCACAGGUGACUUGCAGGAAAUGAAGAUCAGGCUGAGGACAGGCGGUCAGGCCUCAAACAGACCAAAGAGGGAUCCUCACAGAGGUCUGAAGAGAGCCGCCAUCAUGGAGGAUGUUUGUUUUGUGGACGCCAGCAAGGAAGGAAACGUGAGCCGUUUCAUCAACCACAGCUGCCAGCCGAACCUGUUCAUUCAGAACGUCUUCAUCGACUCCCAUGAUCCUCUCUUCCCCGUUGUGGCCUUUUUCACCAGCAGGGCAGUAAAGGCCGGCACUGAGCUCACCUGGAACUACUCCGCCUACACACCUGGCCCCCCGCAGCAGAAACAGGAAGUGCCUUGUCUGUGUCGCAGUGACGAGUGUCAGCAAUGGCUGCUCAUCGAUGAUGACGUUUCCAGUUUGUUAUACAAUGAAGAAAAUACUGUAACAAAAACUACAUAAUGCUUUGUGUUCUUACUGCUUCUUUUUUUUUGUGACAAAUUUGUAAUAAAUGCUUUUGGAAUAAAG